GGUGCUGCUUCGUUAUAUAAAAAAAAACCUAACCCUCAUUUUUUCUCGGUUGCUACCGUUUCAGAUAAACAAAUCAAAAUCUUAAUCUCAAUAAUCGCUUUUUUUCGUAGUAGCGUUUCGAAUUUCAACUUAUAUAAUAGAAAUUUUUGAAUGGAUUAUUCAUCAAUCGAAUCAAAUACUGUGUUUUCGUUAAUCUCAAUUUCAUUCCCAAUUUCUAUUUCUAUACCUUCGAAUUCCGUUUAUUUUCGUUCUUGUUUACCUAAUUAUUGUUCAUCUUCGAGUUUCUCCAAUUCCGAUUCGUUCUUCUAACAAUCCAAAUCAAGCCGAAAAAGAGCCGUUACAAUACAAUGGGAAAACGUAAUUCUCGUAUUAAAGCUGCUGCAAUGUUUGAUAGCGAUGAUGAUAGUAGCGUGACUUCGUCGUCGACUGCUCGAUCUGAUCUUAUGUCUGUUUCUGGUAACGAAGAUGUUCAAUUUGAUCAAGAAUCUGUGCUUGAUCAAGCUCUUGAUGCUUUGGAUGAAAAAAGGGGUUCCACGAGGGAAAACGCUUUUUCUACCAUAAUUGAUGCUUUUAAGAGCAACAUGCAACAUCAGUUUGUAGAAAAAAAAUUUGCUACUUUAUUGCAUCAGUGCCUUGCUUCAAUAAAAAAGGGAUCUAAGAAGGCAUCUGCCAAGGAGAUAACUCUGGCAUCUCAUGCCAUUGGUUGUUUGGCCUUGACAGUUGGAUGUAGUGAUAAUGCACGCGAGAUUUUUGAAGAUUCUAUCACUCCUUUGGAUGAAUCACUUGCUAGAAGUACAGAUGUUAUGAAGGCCCCGUCGUUGCUGGACUGCUUGGCUAUAAUCACCUUUGUUGGAGGGAAUGCUCAAGAAGAAACAGAGCGAUCAAUGGACAUAAUGUGGCGUGUAAUCCAUCCCAAAUUAGGUUCCAAUGUAGUUGCAGUCAAACCUUCUGCUCAAUUAAUAACUGCUGUGGUGUCUGCAUGGUCUUUUCUCCUCUCUACCGUGGGCAAUUUGAAGCUGAAUUCAAAAAAUUGGCAGAGUUCAAUAUCUUAUUUAUCUAGUCUUCUAGAUAAAGAAGAUAGGUCAGUAAGAAUUGCUGCUGGUGAAGCACUGGCUUUACUUUUCGAGAUUGGUGUUAUAGAUAAAUUUAACGCAAAUGAUGCAACUCAAGAAGAGAGUAAGCCACAGGAAAGUUACAUAUUUUUACAAGGAUUAAAAGGAAAAGUGAUAAAUCAAUGCAAAAAUCUUGCGGUGGAGGCCGGUGGAAAAGGUUCCGCUAAGAAAGAUCUGAAUAAUCAGAGGAACCUGUUCAAAGAUAUCUUGGACUUUUUUGAGGAUGGUUACGCCCCUGAAAUUUCAAUGAAGAUUGGCGGUGAUUCUCUACAGACAUCCUCCUGGUCCCAAAUGAUACAGCUAAAUUUCAUCAAGCACUUCCUUGGAGGCGGAUUCAUUAAGCAUAUGCAGGACAAUGAAUUCCUACAUGAUGUCUUUGGUUUCACACCCAAGAAAAAGCUUAACAACGGCGAGCACAGAAUGUCUGGUGGUGAAAAGAGGAUGUUCAAGUCACCAAAUUCUGUUUUGAACAAGGCUAGGACCCAAUUACUUAAUAAGCAGCGCGUAUUAUCAGAGGGCAGGAACUUCGGGCAUUAUUCAGUGAGUAUGGGUGAUGAUGAAACAUGAGUUUGAGUGGGAACUUAAUAAAAUGUAAUACUUUAUUCCGGGAUUAUAUUAUUCAUUUGGACAUGUAUUUAUUGUGUCCACUGUCAGCUGGGUUGUAUCGAAUUGUUUAACUUAAUCGAUUGCGAAGUAGAUUCGCCUAAUAUGAUAUGAUAGUACUGUACUUUAAACAUUACUCUAGCUAGUCCUAUUUCUCAUUAGUUAUAAAACACCUUUUUUAAUUCUCA